AUGUUGGACAGGUGGCUUGCUGUUGCGGUCUUGCCGUCGAAUGCGUUUGUUGGCACGACUGCUUGGACCCCAGUUCGGUUGCCACUUGCCACAGCCACUGACGUAGACCAAGCACAGCGCUCGAAGCCAGCGGAGCAAGACGCGGCCGCGGCAGAGAAGGUGGCGUCCAUUGCAACCUCCACGGAGCUUGUUGACCAGGCACGUGCACGAGGAAGAGACAUCCUUCUGGUGAUGCUUGUGCUGGGGAUUGUGGCCUCGGUGAUGUUCUCCCGUUUGAUUGCGAAGCCACUUAGGAACCUCACACAAACCAUGGCCAGACUUGGUCAGCUGGACUUUACUGAGUGUGCACAGUUGAAGAUCCGGCCGAGCAGUCGGAGGGCACUCGGUAUUCGCGAAAUCGAGAAUCUGCAACUCACGUUCUGCAAACUGGUGCGGGGGAUCAGCACCUUUGCUCGCUUUGUGCCUGAGACCGUGGUGUGCAGCAUCGUUCAGAAGGGCGACUUUCAGGGCACCCGCCUGGAGGUCACGAGAAGAAUGGUGACUAUCAUGUGCACUGACAUCAAGGGCUUCACUGGCAUUUGUGAGAGGUUGAGACCGAGAGACCUGCUGUACAUGCUCACUCGGUACUUCUCGGUGAUGAUGCGCGUCGUGGAACUCUACGGAGGUGUAGUGUCUGAAAUCCUUGGAGAUGGCCUCAUUGUCUUUUGGAAUGCACCCGACACGGUUGAGGAUCAUGCCGGGAAAGCUUGUGCUGCUGCACUGACGCAGCAGGAGGCACUUCGUGGGUUGAAUGGCGAGUAUACCGUGUAUGAGCUGCCGGAGAUAUCGAUCCGCAUUGGGAUUCAUACAGGGUCCAGCUUAGUCGGCAACAUUGGAAGUGAGUCGAAAAUGAAGUAUGGAUGUUUGGGAGAUACGAAGCGCGUUGCGACCAAGCUCGAGGAUCUCUGCAAACACUACAGAGUCGACAUCAUUUGUUCGGCCAGCUCAAGAAAUCUGACAAUUGCUUCUAGAUUCUUGUUCCGGCAGCUGGAUUAUGUACAGGUGCAACAGGAUUCAGAUCCAAUGACGCUUUAUGAGCUGAUUAGCCGCGACGAAAACGACGACGGGGACAUUGACAUUGAUUCCACGAGAGAUGCAGGAUCGAGGUAUUCGCUGUCCAUUAGGGACAUGGCUUCAGAUGCUGUGACAGGCAGCUAUUCCAUGACCUCUGCCUCCCACCUGUCUCACCGAAGUUUGCCCUCGAUCCACUCUCAUGCCAACAUGGAGGAACUGGUCAAUGUCGUCACCAACAGGCGUGAGAUGCUGCACCGAUACUUAGCUGAUGUGCGGGAGGGUGAAGAACAAGGGAAUCGGCCGGGCGAGUGCCUCCCAGCGGCAUGCCAAGAAAGCUUCAGCAGCAGGACCCACGGUAGCUUUGGUGUCACAGAGCUUCAACGCCGACACAUCGGACAAUAUGAAAGGGCCUUGAAGGCUUUUCACGAAGGACGCAUUCCGCUCUGUAUCGAGCUGGUCCAAAUGCUGCUGGCUGAGACAGACGAUCCACCUGCCCAAGUCUUGCUGGAUGUGGCGAAAGCCACGCUCAAUGCGAGCGAGGCGCAGGAGGCGCAGGAAGAGACGCUGAAAGAGACAGAGACGCUGCAGCUCUAG